GAUAUGCAUUUCACCAAUGCUGUUGUAGACGACAUCAGCUGUCAUGAAAUCGUUACUUUCAAACUCAUGGACCCCAAACAUCUCGCCUGUCCUCAUUGGUGGUUGAAAAAAACAUUUGUACUUGUUAAGCCUGCCUUCGUUCCCAACUGCUCAAAGAACUAUCUGACCAAGCUUCGACAAGUAUGGAACUUUGAGGUACAAAUUAGGCCACCACACAAGAUGUACCAACUUCAGCAUAGACUUGGGAUAUUGAUGAAGACAUAGUUGAAAUCGAACGUUUGAUGCAAAACACUCGAUUUUAGCUUUGCACCAAUGUAACUAUCGAUAGAAAAACGGAGGAUGUGCGCAUGCAGCAGUUAUCCGGUUCACCAAUGCUGUUGGAGACGUCAUCAGUCGUCAUGAAAUCGUUACUUUCAAACUCAUGGAACCCGACCUUACGCCUAUCCUUAUCGGUAGUUGAAAAAAACAUUUAUACUUUUUAAGUCUCGGCGUAGUUGUUCUGUUCCCAACUGCCCAACAAUCGGCCGGCGAGAUGGCGUCGAACGAGGAAACAGACUGUCCGGUAGUGCAAGAGAGUAUGGACGACCAGGAGUCGUUGCACCCGAAGGACCGGCUCCUCGCCCUCCUCGACCGAGUGGAAGCGGAGGUCGAGUAUCUGAGGAGUGAGACGAUGCGGCUCGAAGAGCGUAAAGAUUCCGUCUUCACGGCCCUCGACUCCCUGAGGAAUUCCGACCUCCUCCGAGAACUGCACGAGACCGACCGAGACGACAUCGAGAAGUACAUGGAACGGGUCUCGACCCGUUGCCUCACCAUCGAAAUCCUCGUCCGGACCGUCCGGAGCAGUCAGCAGGAGGAAGCCCUGCACCAGGUCAAUAGGCUUAUUGACUCUUUGGUCGUCUCUUUCAAGUCCGACCCGUCGACGACGAAGGCCAAGUGCCAGUCUUACAUCGCCUCCUGCUCCGAACAGCCCGAAGUCCCAGGGGACAAAGUUUUCGAAAACGUACUCCUCGGCUGCACCAUAGAUGACCAGAAGAAGGUGAAGAAACGCCUCCAGGGACUUUACAACUACCUCGACAGCGACGGUAAAUUCUCAGCCCUUCAGGUCGAUUGAACUAACACUCCAGCAUCUUUUUUUCCUGUAUUUUCCUCAAUUCUUUAUACAAUUGUACAUUUGACAGUGUCUAAUUAUCCACCCUUCAAUUAAUAACAGUCCAAAUCGCAUUCUAACAUUUUAAACUAUUUUUUUGUUUUAUAUAUUUUUAAAAAUACUCGCAUUGUUAUUAACUUAAGGGUUAAAAUAAUAAACAAAAAAAAAAUCUAUUAAAAAA